CAAAAAAGGUUAAAUAACCCCUCGGGGAAGUAGUAAGCACUGCUAGUUUCCAAUGAGAAGAGACUUCUUCUAAGCGAAGGCACUUCCAAAGUGAUGCCCUCUCUAAUUGCUAUGUAAGCUGCAUGAUCAUAAACAAUAUACAGAUUGGUUUAGCAAAGUGACCGAAGGGUAAGGUCGAAUAACAUGGCACAAGAACGCAUCUCCUCCUUUGAUCUUGAUUUUGUUGACGAUUUUUACUUCUCAGCACUCUUUGAUGAAGAACAAGAAUGUGGAGGUGGAGGAGAAAUCUUUGAAGUUUCAGAUGACAGAUAUGCAGAAGAGUUGCAGUUCCAGGAGGCUUUGAUGGGUUCUGUCAUCGUUUCUCGAAUGAAAAACAAUGGCCCAAUAUCGUCGAUGAUGAUAGAAGGAACCCCAGUAUUGCUACGUAUUUCUGAUCAGCCUAUGCACAUGGAGAUCAACCAGUCAGGAGCCGUUGAGUCUUCUUUACGUUUCUGUGAUAUUUGUGCUGAGAGAAAACAGAAUGAUCAAAUGUUCAAAACCGAGAGCUGUGUUCACUCAUUUUGUAAUGAUUGCAUAAGCAGAUAUGUGGCCGCCAAGGUCCAAGAUGGCACUAGAAUAGUUACUUGCCCUGGAUUGAAUUGCAGGGCUGUCCUGGAUUUGGUCACCUGCAGGCCUAUACUGACUAGUGUAGUGAUUGAUCUUUGGGAGGAUGCAUUAUGCGAAGAGGUGAUUAAUGUAUCUCAAAGAUUUUAUUGUCCUUUCAAGGAUUGUUCAGCUUUGUUGAUUGAUGAUAAUGAAGGCGAAGCAAUUAUAGAAUCUGAGUGCCCCUUCUGCCAUAGAUUGUUCUGUGCUCUGUGCUCUGUGCCCUGGCAUUCUGGGAUUGAAUGUGAGGAGUUUCAGAGGCUGAAUGAAGAUGAAAGAGGGAGAGAAGAUCUCAUGUUGAGGGAACUUGCUAAGGACAAGAAAUGGAGUAGAUGUCCUCAGUGCAAGUUCUAUGUGGAAAGAACAGAAGGCUGUCCUCACAUGAUCUGCAGGUGUGGGCUUCAGUUUUGCUAUGGAUGUGGAGCCGAAUGGAUCGGAGAUCAUGGUGGAUGCGCUAGGGAAUAAGAAGCAGCAUCAAGCCUUAGAGAGGUGAUAUAACCAUGGUGUAAGGAUGAAACUACUACUACUAGGUAGUUGUUUUCAUCAGUUAUUCAGCAAAAUGUUUGUCAAGGAACGAAGCUAGUGUUGCUAUGCUAUCUGUAAUGGUCCGUCAGCUAGAUGUAUGUGAUGUUUGUCAGAUUCAAUAAAAUUUGCUAUAGUUGUUAUGUUUAACAA